AAAUCAUUACUUACAAACAACACUUAUCUGGACGCAUUUCAAGUACAAUCAUUUGCGAUGGCUACUAUUGGAAUAUCAGGGAAUAACUGCUACACAGACCUCCAUAUUUAUACGGACGCUUACGCAUUACCUGGGAGUAACGAGCAUUACUAUAAUUCGCUACAGCAUACAAAAGCCCCGGCGCCAGCAUCGCACAGUCGAAAAGCUUUACUAAGUAGUAAAUUUUUCAAAAAUUCUAAAUUCUUGGCUGGUGUAAUUUCGUGUGUAGUUUUGGUAGUGUUAGUUUGCAGUUUAUCUGUAGGAUAUGUAAUAGGAAAAGGUGCGUCUGAAAAACGUGAAAGACAGCGUUUAGAAUACCAGGACGCGACGAGAUUUAGAACAAUUACGGGGGAGCCAUUGUCGACAACUUUCGAAAGUGUCACAUCUUAUAUGCCGAAGAGAACAACUGAGAUGAGCAUAUCUACCUAUAGGACAGUAAUUACAACUGGCAGAAUCUCCACCGUAAAAGCUAACUUGGACGGGAAAACGUUCAGAAUUUACCGGCAAACAGACCAGAAACACUGGCAUUAUGACGGAUGCUGCAAUAAAUUUGUUUCCGGGAUAUGGCAGCCAAAGGACAAGUACACCCUUUUCAAAUUUAUCAAAAUGUCUGACGGCUCCUUCAAAAUUCAGUCAGUACCUAGGCGAGUGUACAUGUUUGAUGGGUAUGGUGUUAAGGGAGCACGGUCCACUUAUUUGAAUGGAAUGGACAACAUUGAUGAUGGUCACAUGCGUUUUCUCGUUACCAUGGAAACUUUAGACACUUGUAGAAUCCGCACUAAAGCAACAGGGCGCUAUCUAAGAAUGGAUAAAGAUCUACAUGUGACAUCAAUUUUGAACAUCAAGGACAGAAAUUCUUUAUUUCGAUUAGACGAAGUUCAAUGAACGUUUCUAUUUAUUGGAGAGGUCUAUUAAGACCUCUCCAUAGUGUUGGCUUUCAAACUAGGGGGAUUUAGACUAAUCUACUAAUUUUACAGCGUUAGAUUUCACUUUCUAGCGCAAACUACGGUGAGCCAGUCUAAAAUGGCCAAUGCGCUUGCGCACAAGUAAGUUUUGAAAUCCUCUAAGACGAAAAUAAUUGUUCAUUUAAAAUAAAGAAAUAUAGUGUAAUACUAUUGUUACAAAUGUUGGAAAUGGUUCACUUAUCAACAAAAUAAAUAUAUAGAUAUAUA